AAAAAAGAGGAAAAGUUCAUCAGAUGAACUGAGGAGGGCAGAAAUACGCCUCUUAUACGUCUAGACUCCCACAAAUCUUAAAAAACAGAACGGUGGCGGUAGUGCACCAAUAAGCUAGAUGCUAACGGCCGUAGAAGAAUAAUUUUAACACGCUGACUGAACCAGCAUGAAAGUUAUUACAGACUUCAUUGCGUAAAAGCAAUACUGCUCAUCUUAUGCGACGCUUAAGUUUGGAGAAUGUAUGAUGAUGUUGCUCUCUUUUCAUUUGUAUCUGCCAACUGCUAGCGAUCGAACCCUUUAGGAAAAUGUUCCUUCAUUGCAUCAGAAGGCGUCUUCAACUUUUAGGCGAAAAGCGCCCUUGGUAUCAGCGGAAUUUAUCCAAGUACAAUACUCGUGAUGACGGUUGUGAUAAAACCAGCCUUCUGAUGCAACUUUGCGCUGACCGUUAUUACAUUUCUCCUGAAGCUCCCCACAAUAGAACGUGUACAUAUGGGCCUUUAGGAACAGAACUAAAGAAAAACAUUAUUGAACAGUGGACUUCAGCAAUACGUGCGAGAGCAAAUGUGUUUGGGAUCACUUCUUCAGUGCAAAGUAGAGUGUGUGAGGAAACUGUCAGGAUUGUUAAUGUAAGUGCUCUUCAAGAAAUCCUCAACCAAGACAGUUUAACCAAAAAAGAAGGAUAUCAAAAGAUUCAAACGCUUAUUAAAGACUCCGUGUCUUUUCGGACGAGCCUCCUGCAGGGUGCUUUGCAGCAGUACAUUCAGGCGUUGGAGCUUGUGAAUAAGACAUUGCCCUUUGGAUUGGCAGAGAUAGGUCUGUGCCAUCAUUCUGAUAGUCAGCUUAGACAUUCAUCUUGUUGCUCAUUUGAAGUAACUGAGUCAUCUUUGGUCUGGUUCUGUUCUCCUCGGACUUCUUCACAGUGGAUGGACUACUGGGCUCAUCAAAGACUGCAGUGGUGGAGGAAGUUUGCUUUAGAUCCAUCUAACUUCAGCAUGUGCAAUGUGUUGGAUGAAGAACUGAAAGAAGGGAUAUCUCAUGGUGUUAAAGUCCUCUAUAAGUUUCCCUGGGGCUCAGAGACCCUGGAGACAUUGUGGAGCCUGGGGGACACACUACUGCAGAGGACUCACCAAGGAACUUGCACGAAACUACAGUGCAGAGAUGGAAGAAAGUCUGUAGUUCCUCAUGUCAUCUCUGUCAGUGCAAAUGUGGAUCGAGGGAUCCUGGCUUACCUAUUCAACUCAUUUCAAUUGCUGAAGAAAACUGACAACAAACAAAAGCUUCAUCAGAGGAUGGUUUUAAAGCUGCAUCCCACUUUAACUCCAGUGAAAGUAGCCUUGGAUAUGGGACGAGGCUCCAGUUCUGAGCUUAGACAGGUUUGUGAGGGUUUGUUCAAAGAGUUUCUUGAAGAUGGAAUUUCCACAUGGCCUGGAUACUUCGACACGUCUUUAUCUCUGGAGAAUUUACACACAAAGUAUGAUGAGAUGGGUGUCCUCUUCACAGUGAUGGUCAGUGAGAGCACACUAAAAAGUGGCCUUCUGCUGGUCCGUAACAGAGACACCACCAUCAGAGAGACUAUGCACAUUUCAGAAAUCAAAUGCUUUCUGCUCAAAUACAUAGCUGCCGCAGAGAAUUUCUGACUUUAUCAUCUGAAUCUCAACAGAAUAUGUGAUAUGAUAACUGUGUUGGAAGUGUUGGAAGUGUCACAAAAUUGUUACUCUGCUCACGCAAAAUGCUAUUAGUGAAUACCAUUUUUUAUGGUUUAAAAUGUGCUUGAAUUUUGAAUGUACUUGAAAAUGUUGUCCCUUUAUAAAAUAUAUAAUACACACACACACACAUACAUACAUACAUACAUACAUACAUACAUAUAUAUAUAUAUAUAUAUAUAUAUAUAUAUAUAUAUAUAUAUAUUAGUUUAUACAAAUAUCUACUCAGCCAAUCACAUGGCAUAUAUUUUCUUGUCACAUUUUGAGCCCCUCAAAUAUAUGUGCAUUUAAGUAGUGCAAAUGUACGUAUGUGUGACCAAAAUAAAAAAUGCGCUGGGUAAAAUAAAAAAAGCCCACUUAUUUGUGUACUGACAUGGUUGACAGGAGGGGCAGUUCUAGGGUGAGUAGUAGGAAUGCAACAAUACAGUUAGUACACAGUUCAAUAUGCACCUUGGUUUUUAACCACGGUUUUUCAGUUCGGUUCUGAUAUCUUGCUACUUCAGUGUUUUUUUGUUUUUGUUUUUUUUGCCACAAAUUAACAAAAUACUCCCGUAAACCUCUGUACACUGGAAAAAGUGUGGUUUAGUAUGUGUAUCAAAUAUCUUUUGAGAGAGGUAUUAUUUUUUAUGAUUUUUACGCAAAAUGGAAUGGGUUUCAUUCAUACUGGAUGCUAGAGGGCACCCUUGUGUAGAAAA